AUGAAUCGGGCGGAGAUUCAGCAGAUCAUGGCACAAUACGAGGCUUCGGCUCGUAAAGACUACGCAUUAGGCUCUCCAAGAGUCGAUCAACUCCUGACUCUGAUCCAAUUCAACGUUUUUCGAGCGCUUGUGGACAACACGUCCGUGCUGAGAUUUACUAUGGAUUGGCUAGAUGAAGAAGCCAUUUCCCCAUGGUGUGAAGGUGUACCUGAAUCUCGAAUCAGCUUUUGCCCAGCGGGUCUCCGUCCUACUGUUUUGCAACAGGAGAUUUCUCAUCACCCGUGGAUAGGCCUCUUCCCGAUCCCCCAAAUGAGGAAUAACCUAUUACGAAGACAUGGAAACUUCGAUGAAACUGCCCUUUGCAAUGACCUUGUUGAUUUCUAUGAUGUUUCAAACGAUGAGACCGGCUUGAUUGUGUGGCAAAGUCCAUGGCAUCCGUCGGGGUGGGAGGUUAGCGAGGCUUUCUUGCGUAAAUGGAACUGGGUCGUCAGAGGAUGUGAUGACCUUGCCAGAUCAACCAAUUAUUGGCGCGGAAUACGUGGAGAAGAACCUCUGAUGUUUGAGAUUUGA